AUGCAAAGGAAGUUUGUUCUUUUCUUAUUACAAAUUUUGCUAAAUGUUGCAGUGGUAUUUUCACAGAAAGUUCCAUUAAAAGAUCAUGACACUAGACAAUAUUUUGCAAUCGAAAGUAACCUUACAAGUGAGGAAUUAGUUUCGAAAUUCCCUAACUGGAAAUACGAACAUGAUGUUAGAGGUUUAGAUAACCAUUAUGUUUUUUCGAAAUUAUUUAAUAUGCUUAAUAAAAGAGAGGAUUAUUCUUCUCUAGAAGGUGUAAUAUCAUUCCACGAUUUAAAACCUUAUAGACUAGGUAAAAGGGCUCCUAUUCCGAACCCAAUUCCAGAACCUCCAAUGGAUUCAAGUAUGGUCCCGUUGAAAAAGGCUGAGCAAAUGCUAGAUAUCAAAGAUCCAUUAUUUGAGAGACAAUGGCAUCUUAUUAAUCCAAGUUUCCCUGGACAUGAUGUUAAUGUAACAGGCUUAUGGUAUGAAGGAAUCACUGGUAAAGGUGUCGUUGUUGCCAUUGUAGAUGAUGGUUUAGAUUAUGAAAGUGAAGAUUUGAAGGAUAAUUUUUGCAAAGAAGGUUCUUGGGAUUUUAACGAAAAUCAAAAUUUACCAAAACCAUUAUUAUAUGAUGAUUACCAUGGCACACGUUGUGCUGGUGAAAUCGCCGCUGCAAAGAAUGAAUAUUGUGGUUUAGGUGUUGCAUAUGGUUCAAAAGUUUCUGGUAUUAGAAUUCUAUCCGGUCAAAUAACAGCAGAAGAUGAAGCUGCAUCUUUGGUCUAUGGAUUGGAUGUAAAUGAUAUAUAUUCCUGUUCUUGGGGCCCUCCAGAUGAUGGGAAACACUUACAAGGUCCAAGUGAACUUGUAAAAAAGUCAUUACUAAAAGGUAUCCAAGAAGGUAGAGGUGAGAAGGGUUCGAUCUAUGUUUUUGCAAGUGGUAAUGGUGGUAUGUUCGGUGAUAAUUGUAAUUAUGACGGUUAUACAAAUUCAAUUUAUUCAAUAACAGUCAGUGCUAUUGACCACAAAGGUAUGCAUCCUCCUUAUGCCGAAAGUUGUUCUGCUGUAAUGGUCGUAACUUACUCUUCUGGUUCAGGUGAAUUUAUUCAUUCUACUGACAUCAAUGGCAAAUGUAGUGAUAGACAUAGUGGUACAUCUGCUGCAGCUCCUUUGGCUGCUGGUAUUUAUGCCUUAGUAUUAGAAGCAAAUCCUAAUCUGACUUGGAGAGACAUCCAAUAUUUAUCCAUUUUAGCUGCUGCCGAAGUGGAUAAUGGAGAUGGCGAAUGGCAAGAUGGGGCUUUAAACAAAAGAUAUUCUCACCGUUAUGGUUAUGGUAAAAUAGAUUCAUAUGAGAUUGCCACAAUGGCAAAGACAUGGAAAAACGUUAACCCACAAACCUGGUAUUAUCAUCCAAUUGAAGAGGUAAAUUCUUCUACAAAU